AUGACAACGCAGAAUACAAGAACUCAGAGUCACUCACCUAACGGUGCCACCUCAACGAAGACAAAGGAGCGCAACUCUGAAAGUAAAUCAUCAUACAAAUCCAGAUCAGCUAAUAUAUCUCCAGAGCAGUUGCGUAAGAUCAAAGGUUAUCAGAUGAUGGUUGCAGGUGCAGUCUUUCUUAUAAUUCCCUCAGUAGAGCUUUACCGUCGUUUGUACGCUGGAGGAGAAAGACGUAUCCAACAGGGUGAAUUCAACCCAAUAGACGGGUCCAUUAAAGAAUGGGAGGAAGAGGAGAAGGUCAGAAAUUUCAAAGAUUCAUGGUUGACCAAACUCUUUGGAGAAAAAUAG